AUGGAUUGGGAAUCAUUUUAUGACACGCACCCUUCUCCUUCAAACUAUGAAUCUAUUAUAACUACUGUUGAAAAUUUUGUAUGCAGCCAUGAAAACGAAAAAAUGGUUUUGAUAACUUCUGGAGGAACUACAGUCCCAAUUGAACAGAAUACUGUUCGCUUUGUUGAUAAUUUUAGUCUUGGAACUAGAGGUUCUGCUUCUGCUGAAUACUUUCUUGAUGCUGGAUAUGUUGUUAUAUUUCUUUAUCGUUCAAAUUCAUUGGAGCCAUUUGUUCGCCAUUUCAACAAUUCACUGUUAGAUAAAUUAGAGAUUGUAGAUGAUAAAUCAAUUCAAGUGAAACAAAGUGAACUUGAUAAACUCUUCCCAAUAUUGAAGAAGUACAAAGACGCUAAAAAUGCUAACAGAAUCUUAACAGUUCCUUUCACAACUUUGAUAGAAUAUAUGUGGUUGCUGAGAGGUUCUUGCAUGCUUAUGGAUACCAAGUAUUCUUUACUAUAUUUAGCUGCUGCUGUUUCAGACUUUUAUAUACCACCUAGUGAAAUGGCUAAACAUAAAGUUCAAUCUAAAGAUGGACCUCCAGUGAUUGCUUUACGACUAGUACCUAAAGUUUUAUAUGCUGUUACUCAUAUUUGGGCUCCUAAUGCAUACAUAAUUUCAUUUAAAUUAGAGACUGAUAGUGGGAUUUUAGAACAGAAAGCCAAAGAUGCUCUUGUUAAGUACAAACAUCAACUCGUUAUUGGAAACUUACUACAAUCAAGGAAAUAUAAUGUUAAGUUAAUAGCUCAAAAUGGUAUUAUUGAAGACAUUUUAUUGAAUGAAACAGAUAUUGAAGAAGGAAUUGAGAUUGAAGAUUUAAUAGUAUCAAAUGUCAAAGCUAAACAUGACCAAUUCUUUAAAAGCCAAAAUUAA